UGACGUGAUCCAAUGGAAGCGAAAAAAACGUUUAUCAGCUGACAAGAGUGCAGAUAAUUUUCUCAAGUUGAGAUCAUGUAUUAGAUCAUUUGUGAGUAGGAGACAAGAAUUCUAUUAAAAAUGGAUGAAGAUUUUGAUGUUGUCGUCUUGGGGAGCUGCAUAAUGGAUUUUAUCAGCUAUGUCCCGAGACUACCACAAGUUGGUGAGACAAUUCAUGGAAGUAAGUUCGCAACAGGAUUUGGUGGGAAGGGUGCAAAUCAGUGCGUUGCAGCAGCAAGGCUCGGUAGUCGAUGCGUCAUGGUAGGGAAAGCGGGUCAGGACUCUUGGGGAAUUGAGUAUAGAGAUCAUCUCCAGAGAGAAGGCGUUGACAUCACCCACUUUGGCCUGAUUGAUGGUCAAAGCACAGGAAUAGCCCAGAUUAAUGUAUCCGUGUCUGAUGGGGCGAAUCACAUAGUCAUUGUUGUGGGAGCCAAUAAUUCUCUUUCCGUUCCGGAUGCCGAGGCUGCAGCUGCAAAAUUCCCCCGGGCAAGGGUACUCGUUUGCCAAUUAGAAACACCCGUAGAUGCCACAAUACGUGCUCUGGAACUUUUCUCCGGCGUGUCGAUUCUCAAUGCUGCACCAGCACUUGAGAAUACACACCGGAAACUUAUUGAACUUCCCACAAUCUUAUGCGUAAAUGAAUCUGAAGCAGCUAUUAUGACUAAGUUGCCCGUGAACACUGUUCAGCAAGCAAAGAAUGUCAUCAGGGAACUACAAAAGAUGGGGGCCAACACGGUAAUCAUUACAUUGGGAUCCAAUGGAGCAGUUUUUUGCGAAAAAUCUUCUUCCACAUGUAUUCACGUGAAAAUUUCUCCUAUGGACAAUGUGGUUGACACAACAGGGGCUGGAGAUGCUUUUAUUGGUGCACUCGCUCAUCUUCUGGCAAAAUUGGGACAACAAACUGUGUCUUUGGGGCAACUUGUUGGAGCUGCAUGUGAAAUUGCUUCAAUGUCUGUUAAACUACCCGGAACACAGUCCAGCUUCCCAAAAAUUUUAGAUUAUGAAUCUACUAUUUUGACGAAGACGUACAACCUACAAGAAAUUUAAGAAGAAUAAAAUAUAGAAAAUACGAGGUAAAUUGUCGCUUCGCUCCAAUUUACCUCGCCCCGCUUCGCGGGGAUUUGUUGCGCUUCGCGCAAUUUUUGAAGAAAAAAUUGUAAUGGAUUAUAAGUAGUUUGAGUUCACUUAUCAAUCCCGGAAAAAAAUUUUGCAAAGAGAAGAAAUCAUUUUCAUACAACACUUUAGGCACCAAAUUCAAAAAUUUGCAAAAACUGCAUGAACUUUAUAUGAGGGCUACCUGAAGGGGGGCUUUGGGGGGAAAAUGAAUACGGCCAUCUGAAACCGCCUGAUAUAAGGAGCCUCUGUACCAAAUUUCAUCGCGAUCGGACAAACGGUGUGGAUUUGUAUAGAAAAGUCGGAACGACGAUUACCAACAAACAGGCCUUUCUUUAUUAUAUAGAUUAUGUGGGCAUGAAAAUUUUAAUAGAUUUGCUUUUAGAAGUUAUGAAUGAUCUAUAAUGUAACGAAGUAAGGUAAAAAAAACUUUAUGUAAGGAAAUAUUAUAUUGUUAGCUUUGAGGCAUACCUACAUAAUAUAAUUCACUUUUUUAUUUAAAAUUUUUCUACAUUUCCCUUUCUACAACAUACCUACAUUUUCAAUUAAAUCUUUUUAUCAU